AUGAAGCGGCUCCUGAGGCGGCUCUCCAGCACGGUGGCGGCGGCGCGGCCCAGCAGGAGGAAGGGGAAGAAGGCGGUGCCGGAGGGCCACGUCCCCGUGUGCGUGGGCGAGGAAGGCGGGCCCGUGGAGCGCUUCGCGGUGCGCGCCGAGCUGCUGGGCGAGCCGCCGUUCGCCGCGCUCCUCCGCCGCGCCGCGCAGGAGUACGGGUACGCGCACCCCGGCGCGCUCCGCAUCCCCUGCCCCGUCGCCGACUUCCGAUGCCUCCUGCUCCGCCUCUCCCACGACCCCUCACCCGCCGGAUGCUACGCCUAG